GCAUUUGCGUUAGGACCUUUUUAAGUUCUACACUCGUCUCGUCAAAGUCUGUGAAAGCGCGAAAAUACGUAAACACGUUCCUUCUUGGUUGAGAAAACGGCUGCUGUACUUUUCAAGUAAUGCCGUCUACAGCAACAAAAGACGAACAGGAUUCGAUCGAAAUCGAUGAAUUGGAACAACUUUUGCUUGAAGCAGAAUCAGAGGAGAAAGAAGAGUUGCCGCACAAUGAAAUAAUUUUAUGUGAACCGUCUUCAUCUAAACCUGCUGUGGUCAAACGGCAAUCGUUGUCAAUAGCUGGAUCAACUUUCCUAAAAGACUUUUCACAGGAAAGUAACAAAGCUGAAUUAUUGCCAAAACACGGUAGUGCGGUACACAGCUGUGAUACCGAUUCAUCCGACGAUGAAGAAACUCGAAAUUUUCUGGAACGAAAGUAUAAUGAAUACGGACAAGGUAUUAAUACGUUACUAAAACUAAAAGAGGAAGAAAGAAUAGAUCUGCAGGUUUCCAAUUUCAUUGAUAGAACACUGAAAAAGGCAGAUGAGGAAACCGCUCGGUUACCUCAAAAAGUGGUUCCAGCAAAAAAAGUGGCUUCGAAUCAGGAUAUUCGACCUUUCUUUGGAGCAGUACCUAUUGAUAAAGCAGCUCAAGAGGUUAACAAUUCCAUACCAGAUGUUUUUAAAAACAGCGUUUUCACAGACCCCGUCUUUGGUAUUCGAAUAGUACAUCCAUUAGUUUCCAGUACAGUUCUUCAAGAACGAAUGCAAGGCCGUAAAGCCAUUCCUAUGAUACGUCUUAAAUAUCACAUAGAAAGUGGCAAUCUGAACGAAGACUGGGCAUUGGCAGGUGUGGUUUUGAGUAAAAGUCCAACAAAAGCUACAGCCAAAGGCAAACAGUAUGCUAUAUGGAAAUUAAGUGAUCUUCACGGUGAAAUCCAAAUGAUAAGUUUAUUUUUGUUUGGCCAAGCGUACAAGGAUUUAUGGAAGACAGCUGAUGGUAUGGUUAUUUGUAUUUUAAAUCCAACUGUAUUUGAGCGAAACGAAGAUCGGAAUUCGGUUGCAACGCUGUCGAUUGACAAGUCGUCGAAGGUAAUGAUAUUGGGACAAUCCAAAGACAUGGGAACUUGUCGCAGUAGAAAAAAAAACGGAGAAAAAUGUGCGGCUGUUGUAAAUUUGAGUAAAUGUGAAUAUUGCGUUUACCACGUAAAACAGGAGUAUAACAAGGCUUGCAGCCGAGGGGGGCUGAUUUCGUCAACCGCUGGACGAGGUUUGAAUGAGCUUAGAAAUAAAGUUCUUGGGAAGAGUGAGGUGUUUUAUGGCGGUCAAAGUUUUACGGCUGUUAAGGCAAGCAAAAAUCCCAAACAAAUACAAAAGGAUAAAGAUCGCCUGAUGACGUUAUCUGAAUAUUACCAGUCACCAUUUCAGGGAACUAAUAACGGUGAAAGUCAUAACUCACCAAGAAAUCCUUCUUCAUUACCUUCGUAUCGUCAGCAAAUGAAUGUUACUAAGAAAGGAGCGGCAUCUGGACUAGAGACCAAUAUAAAGCAACGCGAGAAGGACCUGGAGCGACUGAAGCAGUUAGACAAAGGUUGUCCGACAACUGCUACGAAUGCUUUUCCGAAUCAUACGCCCAAGGAGAACUCUAGAGAGGCAUUCUCAACUCCAUGUUCAGCUGCUUCGAACGGAUUCGAAAAUCGGUCGUUUAGCUUGGAAACAAAAGUUGCACCGCGCUUGAGUACCGGUAACUUUAUUAUUGAUUUGGGCACUUCCCCAAAACAUGCGCUUCACUCGCGUCAAAAAGCGCUAGAAGUUUUGAAAAAGAAACCUUUAGAAAAAUCUAAUCCUAAUUUUAUUAAACAUCGUGGUUCUGAAGCGGGUAAGAAACGUGCCUUAGAAAAGAUAACGUCCCUUGAUCAGUCGGAAUCGAAUAACAAUGCCAAAAAACUAAAACUAGAUGAUAAAGAACAGAAGCGAAGAGAAUGGAUUGAAAAAAUAAUGAAGACUUCAUCUUCCCAUACUGAUUUGAUUCAAGCGCAUGAAGAAGAGCAGCAAGAAAAGUAUUUCAAGGAUCUUGAGCGGAAAGAAGCCAUGGAGGAGAAAAUGAUGAAUACUUUCAAAAUUGCUUGCAAGGCCGUCAUCUGUACCCGUUGUAAAUACAUUGCUUUCUCGGCAGCUGAUCGUUGCAAGGAGGAACGGCAUGAGUUGCGUGUCCGUGAUGCCGAGAAACGAUUCUUUAAGUGUGCAGAUUGUGGUAAUCGAACUGUUACUUUGCAUCGACUGCCAAAAACGUCCUGUCGUAGUUGUCAGAGCUCACGCUGGGAGCGCUGCGCGAUGCUUAAGGACAAAAACGGCUUACAAGUUGGAGCAGGAUUAUCCAUUCGUGGUGAUGAAGAGAAAUUUCUUGGAGGUUGUGCUAAUACAGCUAAUCUGAAUUUACUUGUGCCUGAUGAAGAGUGUUAAGCAGAAAUUGUUAGGUACAAAAAACUUAUUAGAGAAUAAAUUUAUAAUGUAAUUGUGAACGUUUGAUAAAAUCAAGAAUAACAAAAAUACACAUUAAACACACUUUAUUUGAGAUAUUUG